GCUGGAUUCUAAGAAACCUAAGCUUAUUGCUGACACCCAUGUUUUCUUCAUAUUUCUGUUCUGUUAAAGAUAAUAUAUUACUCAUAGAAUUCUUUGCCUUAUACAGGUGCUGAAUUUGGAGAGUUUAUUGGCAAUAUUUAUUGAAAGUUAGAACCUGGGUGAAAUAUUUCUCGUCUGUCACAUUUUGAAGUGAAGAAGGUACUUGUGAACUCUUCAUAAUCAAUUGAAGAUUUUGAUUCAAAGAUAUGCUCUCUAAGUCUCUCAUACUUAUCAGUAACAUAAUUAGCUUGAUUAUUAAGCUUCAUCUCCUCGUCUCCAAUGGAGUCGAUUUUCUAUCAAAACUCUGCUAACUCCUGUUCCUUCUCUUGUAUCUUUUGGUCACACUCAGCCUUGCUCUGGAUCAUUGUUUCGAUUGAGGAUUCAAAGUCAAGUUUAUUUUGCUCCAAAGAUCCGAACUUGUCUUGAGUAUCGUCAUGAAGGCAUUCAACUUUAGAAAGUUGUUCUUAAGCUUUUGAAUAUCAGUAUAAAUAACUAUAAUUCUCAGAACUUAAAUUUUAACUUUCUCAGCUGCAUUCUUAGUUGAGAGACUUCCGAAACUUUCAUGAGGUUCAGCAAGUUAUCUAAACUGGGACUGUCUGAUGUAAUGCUUCAUGAGAUCUGACUCGAAAACAUCGCUUAAUGACUGUUUGGCCUCACAAUGAAAAGAAUUUAAUAAGAUGUAUAGUCCUUUGUUCUUAACCAAGACUAGUUUCUUUUGGAGAGCUUGAUGCUUCUUGAUGAAUUUCUCAAGUAAAGGAAUAAUUUUUGACUCCAGACUAUCCACUUGUGUUAAUUCUUAAAAACAUCAAUUUUAGUCAAGUGUUCAUAAACUAUACUAACUACUCGAACACUUCUAAAAGAUGAUGGACGAUUCGACACAGCUGUAGAUCUCUGAAAACAUUAACAUUUUUCUGUAACUAGACUGUUAUGAAAAGAAGAGUUUUAGAUACAAACAUUAUUUUAGAUUUGUCACAUUUAGACCUUCUUUAUGACUUAAAGUUAUUCUAAAAUAAACAAAAACUUUUAAAAUCCUCUACUCUUCCGAUAAUAAAUCUGGAUUAUUCGUAAAUAUGCUAUGACUACAAAUGAAAUAAAAGUUUGAGAAUAACUUCCAGCUCCAAAGAAGUUAUCAACGAGCAUACUCAGACUAAUAUUUUAGAAAUUUCGUCAUCAAUCUGAAAAGAUUGCGAGCAGAAGAGUUUGAGGCAGUUUGGUUAAAUAACAGAAAAUUUUAUUAUGAUUUAUAGUAGUAUUUAAGUUAGCGCCAGAUUUGUUUGAAAAUAUAUAUAUCAGGUUCUCAGAUUCCUCAAAUUCAUAGGUAAAUGAUCAAAUCUGGUUUAUUUAAUUGUUGAGAUUUGAGAUAUUAUGAACAGAAUCUCUCAUUAUAAUUUUCUUACCUGAUUUGAGAGUCUACUUGAUAACUUCCUAUUCCGGUAUCAAAUAAGUUUCAUAGUUAGUAUAUAAUGUGAUUCCACACACUAAGCAGACACAGAUGUAUGCAUCUAAGGAAUUGGUAGCAGUGCUCUUUAUGAGGACAGGUACAAUUCCACAUUCUGCGGAAGAUUAGCAUCUUG